GGAACUACAUCAACUUAUACUAACAGCUCAUCCUGAACAAAGUCACCGUACCGUACCGCAGAUAUCGACCUGAUAAAUGCGUUGUGGUAGGAUAAAGUUUAUUGUUGCAACAUCAGCAGUCUGAAGCGCGCUGCUAUCCUAACCACACAUGCAUGUUUAUCUUGGCGUUGUUAUCAUGAGAGGGAUACUACGUUGCCCUGCUUUUAGUUUCACCUUUCUUAUAGGUAUACGCAUUUACGUUGCUAUGGCGCGAAAUGGUCUUGGAUUCCAUAAUUCUGGAUUUGAUAAUAUGGAAUUUAACGAUGUUUAUUUGAUGAAAGAAAAUCAAGCUACAAAGACAGACAUUCAAUGCUGCUUGCUUUGUAUGGAAACAAUAACUUGUAUGUCAUCCUUCUUUAGUAAAAUAAAACAGAAAUGUCGUCUGCAUGGAUCUGCAGUGUUAGAUAAAAACAAUGGGCAGGAAUCCGAGGGAUGGAAACACUAUAUUUACGGUGAGAAUUGCCCUGUGCAUCUAGGAUUUAUUCACGAUCUAGAGAAUAAUCUUUGUGUCAGGAUUUCAGAUGUCGAACUUAAAAUCGACGAGGGGAAGCAGUUCUGUAUGAAUAGAAGUUCAACUCUGAUUACCCUGGAGUCAGCCGACAAGCAAACUCGAUUUGACAAUCUCCUUGCUAAAAUUCCAGACUCCUUUAUCAUUGCCCGCUAUCGAACUGAAUUAGAGAAACUGGAUGGGAAAUGGAAAUGGCUUAACGGAUCUCCCUUAGUGAAUGAUAGAUGGCAUUCGGGUGAGCCAAAUUGUGCUGGACCAUGCAGCUGCGGUGGUGUUACUGUUUUAAUAACGAAUGGAAAAUGGGGAGAUAAUAGCGAUAGGUGCAAGAAUCAGAAGGCACAUUCAGUCUGUGAGGCAUUUUAGAAAUUUACAUUUAUCAAAGAAUAAUCUACAGUUGAACGUUCAAAUUAAAAUUUACCAUUCCCUAGAUAUACUUUGGAAUUGUAUAUACUCAUUUAGAUAUUUAUCAUACGCACUAACUAUGAUUUUAAAAAACAACACUUUUUUUUCAACACAUUUUUUUGAGGUAUUCAGAAAAAACAUACCAAUAAAAUGCAAUUUCAUUUUUGAAAAUAGUUUUGGAACACAGCGUUGUAAAUUAGCAUUAAUGUGUGUUACUUUUCAAAUGUUACCAAAGUUUCAUACGUACAUGAAGUGAUCUUAUUACAGGUUUUAUUAACUAUCACAACAGCAAACUUUAAGUGCCGUGUGGCGGCUGUAAAAUGUCUCCCCGUACUUGGAUCCAGUGUUGUUAUAUUUUCAGGUCCUUUGGGAUCAUGGAGCCCAUUCAACGUAUGUGUAAUAGAGUUCCGAUUAAGCCGGUGCCAGGGGACGUGAGAGGUGCUGUAUAUUUCAUUACCUCUCAGGCCAUACCAAAUUGAUCAAUAGUUCUUCGGAAAAUUUUCAAAAAAAAUAGGAGCGGGCGAGCGAAAUUUUUAUUUUAUUUUUUUUUCUCAAUUUUGAUUUUUUCAGAGGCGGGUAGAUUUUACAUGGAGCGAGCGGGCUUUUUUUUAUUUUUUUUUCCCAGCUUGAACCCUUGAGGAGGCGGUUAUAAUUAUAUAUAAAGUUAACAUUUCUUUAGAAAUAACACAGAAAUGAAACAUUUACAGUGUGGGUAACACAGUAUAUAGCUUUUUUAUAUGUUUUAAAGACUACAUGAAUGAUUUUGCAAAUAAAUUCUUGCCAAAACUCACUGAAUCACUUUAUUUUUUUUUAUUUUGUAAUUUUAAUUACUAAGGAAUGAGUGUCUUAUUUUUAAUUUUGAUUUUUCUACAUUAAUCUGAAGACGUGCCUAUUUAAUGGCACAGGAUGAGGAAUAUUUAAGACAAAACAGGCACAGGAUUGUGUGGAAUAACAUUUCUUCUGAAACACAGUUAGAUGGCUUUGACACAUGAACAAAUUUGUGCCCCUAGUAGAACUCCAACCCAAAUGAUGAACAACACCAUAAUUCCUGACUUUUUCAGUUUGGAUCAUCAGCUACAUGACGCAUGAAAUCCGAUCAAUAUCACUUUGACGCAUUAAAACAGCGAUAAAACCUGUUUUGCCGUUAUUAUUCCGGACCGCAUAAUCGAAAAAAAAAAUUUUUUUCGGAGAUUUUUAUGUACGUGCGGGCGGGUAAUUUUUAUUUUUUUUUCUCGGGAAUGAAAUUAUUGAUGCGGUAGUUCCGACGAACGACAUAUCAAUUUGGUAUGGCCUCAUGAACAGACUCAAUCAAACCGAGUCUGCUAUUAUUCUUCUUCGUUGUAUUCUUUGAAUCCAAAGGAUCUUUUUACAGAUUUUAUUCACAAGAGAACUGUUCCUGCUGUGGAAGGACAGAACAGAAUAUUACAUCUUCAAGGCCGACAGCUUUAUCUCUAAACUUUAGUUCUCCUAUUUUAAGUUAGAAUGAUGAUCAUACAGUUCUGCUUUAUUAUAUUUUAUACAAUAGUUUAUGAUAUUAUCUUUUCAAGUACUGGGUCUUCUUUUGGUCUGAAUGUAUUUAUGAACAAGAGGCUCAGAGAGCCUGUUUCGCUCACUUGGUCCUUUUGUACUUCAUUGGUCCAGUAUAAUCUGUAACACGUUGUUCUCUGGUUAAAAAAUGGACCAAUCUUAGUAAUCGUGAGACAAGUGUAUCCGAGUUUUCGACUCAAUCAAA